GACGGGUAUCGGCGCCGGGGCGCACCUGACCAGGCAGAGACAACGAGGGGCCCUGUGUUACCCGCGGAGCAGCCAGCGGCGGACUGGGACUGCAGCUGCGCCGGCGCAACGAGGGGUCUUGGUGUUGAGGGGCGGAGCAAUCGUCGGUAGAUUGGGGAUUCGAGCGGCACCUGCGCCACCAGACCAGGUGGAGGCGGCGAGGACUCCUGGGCGUGGGGCGAGAAAGGGCGGACUCCGCGGUCCGCGGAGCAGGCGGCGCAGUGGCGGGGAUCAUCGAAGCAGCAAUAUAGUCGUGAUAUUUUGUUCGUCAGUUUUCUCUGAAAAAAGGACUGCAGGUUAUGGAUUUUGAUGGGGUCAUGGCAAGGAGUACAGUCUACGAUCAGCUUGAUUUUGAUGGGUUCAUGGCACAUCCUACAGUCUACGAUCGGUUGACGGCCUCUCUGUCGCGCUCUCGCGGACUUAUCUCUAGGGACGCUGGAACUUUUUUCUGCCUUGGAGUAGCUGCUGGUAUUUGUUGGGGAGCAUGGAGGUACUACCAUCGUCGUGCAUGCUUGCGGAAGUACGGCCGGGAUAUGACGGCGUCGGCUCGCAAAAUGGAUCCAGUCAUCGGCCGCGACGAUGAGAUUGAUCAUGUUGUUGACAUCCUCUGCCGCCGGAACAAGAAUUGUGUUGCGCUCGUUGGAGAUGCAGGGGUAGGCAAGACGGCUAUCGCUGAGGGCCUUGCACAGCGGAUCACCGCCGGAACGGUCCCUGAUGCUCUUGCCGGUGCGCGCGUCGUGGAGCUCGACGUCGCAGGAUUGCUGGCUGGGACUAGAUACCGCGGCAUGUUUGAGAGGCGCAUGAAGGAUGUGAUAAAGCAGGUGGAGGCUGCUGACGGCAAGGUGAUUCUGUUCAUCGAUGAGAUGCACAUGCUUCUUGGUGGCGGGCGUUCCAAGGGGAGUCGCGCGAGUGCCGCCAACAUGCUGAAGCCAGCGUUGGCCCGUGGUCGUAUCCGCUGCGUGGGUGCGACAACUUUGAAUGAGUACCGUAAUUACAUUGAGAAGGACUCCGCAUUGGAGCGGCGGUUCCAAAUGGUGCAGGUCGAGGAGCCGAGUGCACAAGCAACAAUUGCAAUGUUACAGGGGUUAAAGAAAAGGUACGAAAAGUACCACGGUGUCGAAAUCCAGGAGGCAGCUCUUGUUGCUGCCGCACAGCUUGCUGGCCGCUACAUUACUGGUCGUCAAUUCCCCGAUAAGGCAAUUGAUCUGAUCGAUGAAGCAUGCGUCACUGCAACCAAAAAACUGAGGCUGGUUGAGAACCAAGAAGACCAAUUGUACAUUGCGCAAAGUAGGGCCGCAAAUACAGUGAAGAAAGCAGUUGUUAGCCCAGAUCAUAUUGCACAAGUUGUGAGCAGAUGGACUGGAAUUCCGGUAACUGCACUUAAUCACGAGGAGAAGGAUAAGUUAAUCCGCCUAGCUGACAAACUGCAUGAGCGGGUUGUUGGCCAGGAUGAAGCGGUCAAUUUAGUUGCAGAAGCAGUGUUACGUUCCAGAGCUGGCCUUGAUCAGCCUGGCCAGCCUAUAGGCUCUUUCCUUUUCUUGGGCUCAACUGGUGUUGGAAAGACAGAGCUUGCAAAAGCUCUUGCGGAACAGCUGUUUGACAGUGAGAAGAUGUUGCUUCGCUUUGACAUGUCUGAAUAUGUUUCGUGUGGUUCUGUGUUGCGUCUCAUUGGAGCACCUCCAAGCUAUCAUGGCUAUGAAGAUGGUGGGCAACUGACUGAGAAUGUUAGGAGGCACCCAUACAGUGUCAUCCUUUUUGAUGAGGUGGAGAAAGCAGACCCCUCGGUGUUCAAUAUUUUUCUUCAAAUCCUUGAUGAUGGCAGGUUGACUGAUGGCAAAGGCCAGACUGUAGAUUUCAAGAACACCAUCAUCAUUAUGACCUCAAAUCUUGGAUCAGAUAACCUAACAUCAAGGAUGGCUAGGGAAGGCACAACGGAAGCUGCACGGGGCCUUCUCAUGAAACAGGUUCAGAAGCACUUCAAGCCAGAGUUUCUUAACAGAUUGAGUGAGAUCAUUAUAUUUGAGCCGCUUUCGCGUGACAAACUGAAGGAGAUCACAAAGAUCCAGGUGAAGAAUGUUAUUGCCAAAGUAGCUAACAAGGGCAUCUCUCUUUCUGUGAGUGAUGCUGCAGUGGACACCAUUUUAUCGGAAUCAUAUAACCCAAUGUACGGUGCAAGGCCCAUAAAGAGGUGGGUGCAGAAGAAUGUGAUGACGAUGCUCUCAAAGAUGUUGGUCAAAGGAGAAGCCAGUGAAGGCUCAACAAUCCGCAUUGAAGCGACGGACGAUCAGAAGGGGUUGGAGUACGAAGUGCUGAAGAAGGUGGAUUGCUGAUGACUGACAGUGACAGCAAUAAUUUGGUGGUAUCACUACCAUAGCAAUGAUUACUGACAAUUAAGCUUUUCACUAGUAUGAACUAUCAAAGUUAAAUGAUGUGAAAUGCUUUAUGCUAGGAGAGAUCGUGCGACCCCAGCUGCAUGUAAAAUUAUUAGUUGGUUUCUUCAUUUAUUUGCCAAAACUAUUUGUGGAGAAAGAAUGGAGUCCCUUAA